AUGAUAUCUCUCCUUUUUCAAUUACUGCUAGCAUUGUUAGCUCUGGCCAUCAGCUACAAAGUGGCGAUUCUUCUAUACAACAAAUUCCAUUCUCUUCUUAAAAAUGUCCCUGGUCCAAUAGUUGCAAGACUCACUGAUCUGUGGUAUGUAAAUCGAAUUCGGAAAGGUCACUUCGAGCGUGACAACAUCGCGCUUCAUCGCAAAUACGGCUCCGUCGUUCGUUAUGGUCCCAAAGGAUACAGCGUUGAACAUCCCGAGGCCGCUCAAGUUAUCUAUGGUAUUGGUAAAGCCGACAAGUUUGCCAAGCCCUAUUUCUUCAGAGCAUUUGCUACACCAAACCCUGACCAGCCAUCCGUCUUUGCGCACGAGAAUAUCAAAGAGCAUGCUCAACUACGUCGGCUAUAUCAGAGUACCCAUGCCAUGUCAGCCCUUAUCUCAUAUGAGGGUUUUGUCGACGAGUGUUCAGAUUUAUUUGAUCAGCGACUUCGAGAGAUGGCUGGCGAUUCAACAUCUCCAACUAUGUCACCACUUAUUGACCUGGCCAAACUGGGAUUCCUUGAUCAGGGCGUUGAAAUAGCAUGGGUCAUGGAAUCUCUGGAAGGAUUUCUCUUUUAUGCCAGUGUUCUCGGUGUUUAUCCUCGGCUUCAUCCCUUGUUAUUCCAUGUGCGCAACUGCCUUGCUGGGAACACAGGGAGCGGGAUCCAAUACGUCCUGCAAUUCACCGAGAAGCUCAUGAAAGAGCAUCAAGCAAAGCCCAAGAAUCUUGAUCUUGACGAUAAAAAUAAGCAACGCAUGGACUUCCUUUCCAAAUAUGUUGCUCGGCAUCGCAAAGGCCCAUUGACAUAUAAUGACUGGUAUGUUCUUAGUGGAUGUGCAUCUAACAUGACAGCUGGAUCCGAUACCACUGGCAUCAGCCUCUCAGCUAUCAUGUAUUUCCUUAUAACGAGCCCAAAGGUGUUGGGCAGACUUCGUCAAGAGGUGGCUAAGCACCAGGAGCGAGCAUUGCACCCCCGUCACUUCAGCUUCAAAGAGGUACAAGGAAUGGAAUAUCUACAAGCUGUCAUCAAGGAAGGGUUGAGGUUGCAUCCCGCAGUCGGUCAGCCAUUGGAACGGAUCAUCCCUAAAGGUGGUGUAACCAUUACGGGACAAUUCUUCCCGGAGGGAACAAUUGUAGGAGUCAACUGCUGGGUAGAGCACUAUAGCUCAGCCUUCUUCGGCCCUGAUCCAGAUGCAUUUCGACCCGAGCGCUGGCUUGACAGUGAUAAAUUAAGAUUAGAAGUAAUGAAUAGUCAUUGGAUGGCAUUUGGCAUGGGCGCUAGAACCUGCAUUGGGCGACAUAUCUCAAUCUUGGAGAUUUCCAAACUUAUACCGCGCCUUAUUCGCGAUUUUGAUUUCACGUUUCCUGAAGGGGCAAAGGAGUUCAAGACUAAUAACCGGUAG